AUGGACCCUCCCAGCAAUACCAAUCUUGAAAAGGUACCCUUUGAUUCAAAAGAUUUCCUGUCUCUCGAAAGAAAAUUUCAGGAUUAUGUCCAACAAGUAUUGCAAGAAGCUACAAUUGGCUCUCUAGAAGAGCGCGACAUGCUCAAGGGCGAAUUAGAACAAUGGACUACAAACGUUUUCACAAAUCUUGCAGAGAAUUCAGCUUUUACGGACACUGACGGCAUUGAUAAUCGAGUAAAACCAAACUUGAUCGAUCCCACGGACGAGGAUUUAAGAGAAAAAGUUAGACAGAAGGAUUUGGAAUUCAAUACAGACUUAAAGAAAGUGGUGAAAUAUAGAGCUCAGGCGCCAUCAGCACUAGCUAAACUGUCGAAAGAAAUUUGUGAAAGUGAGAGUAUGGAAGCUGAACACCUGAGGAUCGAACUGCCAACAAUUGAAACACGCCAAGACCAGCUUGAUGUAGUCUCCUUGGAGUUGGUCAAAGAAGAAUACAAAGAUGCAAUGCAACUUUUAUCAAAUCUGGAAAAGAUCACUCCAAACGAAAUCAGCCAAAUUUCCAAGGUCCAACAGAUAACUGCCACAUUCAUUGACGGAGAAAACUGA